CGAUGCCAUUAGAUGCCUGCGAUGGCUUUUGAAGGCUUUGAAUUCCCCGCAGCCGUCACUGCCUUUUUCGUUUUGCACUACAUUUGGGUGGACACUUUUGCUGUUGGAGCAGCCCGCACACCGUAUCAGCUCAAGUAUCCUUUCACAACAGAGACGCACGAUGCUAAGAAUUUGGAGCCAUUCAUCCGUGCCCUGAGGGCACAGCAAAAUCAGGUGGAGCAGGCGUGGGCAUUUUUCCUGGUGCAGUGGCUCUGUGCCUUCGCUUUGGAUCCGAACUUCGCGGGCGCCUGCGGCGUCGUGUGGGUCCUGGCGCGCAUGGCGUAUGGCUAUAUAUACCGGGUCAAUCCUAGCCGCAACAAGCUGAUGUGGGCAACCGUUCCAGCCUAUUUGGCUCUGACGCUUUGCUGUGGUGGUAUUUUGGUCGGAUGCUUGAUGUCCUGGCCGCCACUAAAGUUAUCCCGGGGAGUCGCGAUAGCUGUUGCGAGCAGCUUCUGCGUGCUCUUUGGCAUCUACGGUUGGUUCGUAUACCGUCCUUGGUUUGGAAGCUUUGUGUUGGCUGAGAAAAAACGACAAGAAGGACAACUGAUGAGUUCCAGUGAGGGCGACUGAGGCAAGGCUCAAAGAAGUCUCGAACAUUUUUAGUUAGAGUUUUUCGGAGCCGGUGGCUUCGAUUUGUUGCUUUAUGGACCAUUUCUUUGAAGACCUUAUAACUAUAUAUAUAUAACUAUAACAUCUUAAGACCCAUGUCGGAUGCAGAAAA